AUGUUCAGGUCUCUGGCCCCCCGUUCGUUGGUUUCCCGCAGAUCGGUAUCGUACAUUCUCCCUACGAUCCCGCUCUUGGAAAAUCUCAAAUCGACCAACCAGAAUUUUAACGGCCUCUACCUGAGCAAAUCAAUUGAAGAAUUAUGGUUUGGUCGUGGACAGGCCAUCGUCAACCGUUUGAACACACAGCUUGAGGAAAAUAAGGUGGCCAACCCGCCCGCAGACUUGAACCAGUUGAUCACCGUUACGUUCAACAAGCCUGCCUUGGAGGGAAUCUACGCCCAGGCAUCCUUGUUGCACAACUUGCAAUUCUGCUUGGAAUCUUUGAAACCUAGUACAGCCGACGAUGCUCAGCUGCGUGUUGUCAAGGCGCAGGAGUCACUGUUGUUACAGACACCAAGCAUUGCUACUGAAUUUUCCAAUGAGCCUCGAGAUGAGGCAUUGGUGGAGUGGAUAGUGGACUCGUUUGGAUCGAUCGCUGAGUUCAGAACACUUUUGCUCAACAGUGCAAAGAGCAUUAAGGGAGACGGAGUCACAUGGUUAGUGGCUCAGGCAACUUACUCCGAGUCGACAUUGCGUAACGUUUCUGGUUCUGACUUGUCGUAUAACAAGUUGGCUGUGGUGAACACAUACAAUGCUGGAAUUGUAGAUGAUUCCAUCAGAUCUGGCCAAGUGACAAAAUUGAAGCAGCAGAAAGCUGCCAAGGAAGCUGCCUUAAAGAGAAAACAAGAGGAACGCAAAGAGCAAGAAGGUGAGGACGUUGUGGAGGAGGAUGUUGUUCCAGCAAAGGACUUGUUGACGUUGGGAACGGUUGAAGAGGCCGAGGAGGCACUUUUGUUCCUGGACAAGAAGUUGGUGCCAUUGCUUGCGCUUGACGGGUCUAUGAGAGCAUACAUGAGAGACUACGGAGUUUUUGGCAAGCAGCAAUACUUGGAGAACUUGUGGGAUUGCAUUGAUUGGAGUGUGGCAGCCAAGAGAGCGCCACGUCGGUUCAAGCCUUCGGUGGUGUUUGAGAACUAG